CAGAGCAGCUCCAGGGUGAUGCUGCUGGAGUCCCUAGCCCCUGCAGGGACCGCGGAGGCUGACUACAACCCUCUGCUUGACCUGCCUUGGGCGGCCGGACCUGCUGUCCAGCCAGGGCAGUGCAGGGGUCCAGCCUGGCUCCAGGCCUGUGCUGCCAGCCUAAGGAGCUUGGGGGUCAGAAAGGUGAACAGGCCAGAUCCGGGACUUCAGGGAGCCGGGAGGCCCCAAGUCCUGUAGCAUGUGGCGGCUCCACGCUCAUCCCGGCUCUGAGCCAGGGAGGGCAGGGGUUGGGGUCCAGCAGGUUCCCUCCGCACGUGCUGGUGGCCUGGACCCAGUCCAGAGCCAGCUGCCUAUGGGUGCGGGGUCCCAAUGCCAGUAGCUCCCCUCCAGCCUUGUGCCCCUGCCACAGGACUGGUGGUGGUGGGGGUUGACCUGCCCCAGACCCUGGGUAGUGCCCAGCAGUGUUUGGCCAGCUCUGUCCAUGGCCCAAAGGCGCCACCUCCUGGGGCGCACUUCCCACUUCUGCCAUACCUCCCGGCUGGGCACGGGGUGCUGGGUUUCUCCCCCCGUGGCUGCAGUGGAGUGAGCACAUGGCAGGGCUGCCCUGAGGACCUCUUGGCCUCUACACCGAACUGUGGAAGGAAGAGGAGGGACGUGGGGCUGGUGAGAUGGGAGGGUGCAGGCCUGUGGGGCUCUGAGGAGCUGGACAGGAGCCCCCAGUUCUGCCUCAGGGACAGUGGAAGGAGCCCUCCUGGGGCUCCUUGCUCUGCUCUGCUGCCAGGCGGGAGGUGAGUUUGCUGCCUGCACCCAUCCAUCUGCCUCUGGCUCUGGCAGCACUUCCAUGAACCCUGCUCCAGCCAGCAAGGGCCUGGCUGGGGACAGCUUUCCAAGGGCUGCAUGGGGAGCAGUCCUUGUCUGCGGAGUCAUGGACUAGCCUAUCACUCUGGUGGCCCUGCUGGCAUUGUGACACUCAGACAUGACUGUCCAUCUGUCUGUCCAUCCUGCAGUCAUAGAUCUGCUGAUGGUGACGGAGGCCCGGCAGAUGGUGAACGUGGCACACAAGAUCCGGACAGAGUUGCUGACGGUGAACGACGCCUACCUGCUGUCUACCUUUCGCUUGCCCCCCAAGCAGGGCGGUGUGCUCUUCGGCCUCUACUCCAAGAAGGACAACACGCGGUGGCUAGAAGUCUCUGUUGUGGGGAAAAUCAACAAAGUCCUGCUGCGAUACCUGCGGGAGGACGGGAAGCUGCACGUGGUGAACCUGCAGCACACUGGCCUGGCGGAUGGACGGAGCCACACGGUGAUUGUGCGCCUGAGUGGGCUGCGUGCCGACGCCCUGAGCGUGGAGCUGUAUGUCGACUGCAAGCAGGCUGAUGCCAGCGUGGGGCUGCCCCAGAUAGCAGUCGUGCCCCAGGCCGAGCUGGAGGCAGUGGAGGUGCGCACGGGCCAGAAGGCCUAUCAGAGGUUGCAGGGGUUUAUAGAGUCGAUGAAGCUGAUUCUGGGAGGAUCCAUGAGCCGCGUUGGAGCCCUGAGUGAAUGCCCUUUCCAAGGCGAUGAGUCCAUCCACAGUGCAGUGACCGGGGUGCUGAACUCCAUCCUGGGCGAGCAGACCAAGGCCCUGGUCACGCAGCUGACCCUCUUCAACAAGGUCCUGAUGGAGCUGAGGGAGGAUAUCCGUGACCAGGUGAAGGAGAUGUCCCUGAUCCGGAACACCAUCAUGGAGUGUCAGGUCUGCGGGUUCCAUGAGCACCGCUCCCGCUGCAGCCCCAACCCCUGCUUCAGCGGUGUAGACUGCAUGGAGACAUACGAGUACCCCGGGUAUCGCUGUGGGCCUUGCCCUCCUGGCUUCCAGGGCAAUGGGACACACUGUGCUGACAUCAAUGAGUGUGCCCAUGCCAACCCCUGCUUCCCUGGCUCGAAAUGCAUCAACACGGCGCCCGGCUUCCGCUGCGAACCCUGCCCCCGUGGCUACAAGGGGAACCUCAUCUCAGGUGUGGGUGCUGACUAUGCCAAAGCCAGCAAGCAGGUUUGCACCGACAUCGAUGAAUGCAAUGAUGGGAACAAUGGCGGCUGUGACCCGAACUCCGUCUGCACCAACACGAUGGGCUCCUACAAGUGUGGCCCCUGCAAGGCGGGGUUCCUGGGCAACCAGACGGUGGGCUGUGCCCCACUGAAGUCCUGCAGCAGCCCCACACACAACCCCUGUGACAUCAACGGAUACUGCAUGUUCGAGAGGAACGGUGACAUCUCUUGUGCAUGCAAUGUGGGCUGGGCCGGCAAUGGGAAUGUGUGCGGGCGAGACACAGACCUUGAUGGCUACCCAGAUGAGCCGCUGCCCUGCAUCGACAAUGACAAGCAUUGCAAGCAGGACAACUGCCGGCUGACGCCCAACUCGGGGCAGGAGGACGCUGAUAACGACGGCAUCGGGGAUCAGUGUGAUGAUGACGCGGAUGGUGAUGGCAUCAAGAAUGUUGAGGACAACUGCCGGCUCCUGCCCAACAAGGACCAGCAAAACUCAGACACUGACUCCUUUGGGGAUGCCUGUGACAACUGCCCCAAUGUGCCCAACAAUGACCAGCGGGACACAGACAGCAACGGCGAGGGCGACGCAUGUGACAACGACAUUGAUGGCGACGGGAUCCCCAAUGUGCUGGACAACUGCCCUAAGGUCCCCAACCCACUGCAGACAGACCGGGAUGAGGAUGGCGUUGGGGAUGCCUGCGACAGCUGCCCCGAGAUGAGCAACCCCACUCAGACAGACAUGGACAGUGACCUGGUAGGAGACAUCUGUGACACCAAUGAGGACAGCGAUGGGGAUGGGCACCAGGACUCCAAGGACAACUGUGCCGAAGUGCCCAACAGCUCCCAGCUGGACUCGGACAACGACGGGCUGGGGGAUGACUGUGACAAUGACGACGACAACGAUGGCAUCCCUGACUACAUUGCUCCCGGCCCUGACAACUGCCGCCUUAUUCCCAACCCCAACCAGAAGGACUCAGACGGGAACGGAGUGGGUGAUGUCUGUGAGGAGGACUUCGAUAAUGACACAGUGGCUGACCAGCUGGACGUGUGCCCGGAGAGUGCCGAGGUGACACUGACUGACUUCCGGGCCUACCAGACAGUGAUCCUGGACCCCGAGGGCGAUGCCCAGAUCGACCCCAACUGGGUGGUUCUGAACCAGGGCAUGGAGAUUGUGCAGACCAUGAACAGUGACCCGGGCCUGGCUGUUGGCUACACGGCCUUCAACGGGGUGGACUUCGAGGGCACCUUCCAUGUCAACACUGUCACGGAUGAUGACUACGCUGGCUUCAUCUUCAGCUACCAGGACAGCUCCAGUUUCUACGUGGUCAUGUGGAAGCAGACGGAGCAGACAUACUGGCAGGCUACCCCCUUCCGGGCUGUGGCUGAGACCGGGCUGCAACUCAAGGCGGUGAAGUCCACGACGGGCCCCGGCGAGCACCUGCGCAACGCGCUGUGGCAUGCAGGCACCACCCCGGAUCAGGUCCGGCUGCUGUGGAAGGAUCCGCGCAACGUGGGCUGGAAGGACAAGACCUCGUACCGGUGGCAGCUCAUGCACAGGCCCCAGGUGGGCUACAUCCGGGUGCGGCUGUACGAGGGCCCGCGGCUGGUGGCGGACUCG